UUUGUUGGCAACAUUUAUGAAAGACCGGUCUUUCUUGCACAGUAAAAAUGAGAGUUUACACACACUCACCACGCGUACUCAUAACGCCUAUAACCGACCGGAAAACACGACACGGCGGCUUUGUGUCCAUUUCGAUGCCUUGAAGAAUCGAAGAUCUGGGUGAAAGAUUCGGAGAGAGAAAGAGAGAGGACUCUCUAGGGUUUCUCAAUCGUGGGAGCCACAUGGCGUACACGUCACAGUCCCUCCGCUUCUCCGCCGGCGCUGCAGCUGCAGCUGCUGCGGCCGUCGCCUCCGGGGCUGGAGGCUGCAGCUUCGACUCGCUCAACCGAAUCCUCGCCGACCUCUGCACGCGUGACAAGCCCAAAGAGGGGGCUUCAUUAGCUUUAAGGAAACAUCUGGAAGAAGAAGCUCGUGACCUUGGUGGUGAAGCUUUUUCUCGUUUCAUGGAUCAGUUGUAUGAUCGAAUAUCUAGUCUUUUAGACAGUAAUGACGUAGCUGAAAACUUGGGAGCUUUAAGAGCUAUUGAUGAGUUGAUAGAUGUGGCACUUGGCGAGAAUGCCUCCAAGGUUUCAAAGUUCUCUAAUUACAUGCGGACAGUGUUUGAGGUGAAGCGGGAUCCUGAUGUUUUGGUGCUUGCUGGUAGAGUCAUGGGCCAUCUAGCUAGGGCUGGUGGAGCAAUGACUGCAGAUGAAGUGGAACGCCAGGUACAAAUUGCUCUGGAUUGGCUUCGUGGGGACAGAGUAGAUUGCCGUUUUGCUGCUGUUUUAAUCUUGAAAGAAAUGGCUGAAAACGCUUCAACAGUGUUCAAUGUUCAUGUAUCUGAAUUUGUUGAUGCUAUCUGGGUUGCCCUAAGGGAUCAAACAUUGGCUGUUCGAGAGAGAGCUGUGGAGGCUUUGCGGGCUUGCCUUAAAGUUAUUGAAAAGCGUGAGACACGCUGGCGUGUGCAAUGGUAUUAUCGGAUGUUUGAGGCUACACAGAAUGGAUUGGUUAAAAAUGCUCCUGUUCACAGUAUACAUGGUUCUUUACUUGCUGUUGGGGAGCUUUUGAGGAAUACUGGUGAGUUCAUGAUGUCAAGGUAUAGAGAAGUUGCUGAAAUUGUCGUCACAUACUUAGGGCAUCGGGAUCGGCUUGUUCGCCUGAGCAUUACGCAGCUACUACCUCGCAUUGCUCAUUUCCUGCGCGAUCGAUUUGUUACAAACUAUUUGACGAUAUGCAUGAAGCAUAUUCUUGCAGUUCUGCGAAUACCAGCUGAACGUGCCAGUGGAUUCAUUGCCCUUGGGGAGAUGGCCGGUGCUUUGGAUGGGGACCUUGUCCACUAUUUGCCAACAAUUACAUCUCACUUACGUGAUGCAAUUGCUCCGCGUAGAGGUAAACCCUCACUUGAGGCUUUGGCUUGUGUUGGAAGUAUUUCAAAAGCAAUGGGCCCAGUGAUGGAACCCCAUGUUCGUGGUCUCUUGGAUGUUAUGUUUUCUGCUGGUCUUUCCUCUACACUUGUAGAAGCACUUGAGCAAAUAACUGUCAGUAUUCCACCUUUGCUGCCUACUAUUCAAGAUCGGUUGCUUGGUUGCAUUUCCGUGGUUCUUUCAAAAUCCCAUUAUCUUCAGGGGAGGCAUGCUGUUGGAAUAGGGAGAGGAAAUGUGAUGAAUAUCCCCCAGCAGGCUUCAGAUCUGACUGGUUCAGCUCUAGUGCCACUUGCUUUGCAGACUCUUGCUUGUUUUAAUUUCAAGGGUCAUGAGCUUCUUGAGUUUGCUAGAGAAUCGGUGGUUGUGUAUUUAGAUGACGAGGAUGGAGCCACAAGAAAAGAUGCCGCCCUUUGUUGUUGCAGAUUAGUUGCAAAUUCUUUUUCUGGUAUAGCAGGUACACAAUUUGGUCCUAGCAGGUUGAAUCGAGCUGGAGGAAAGAGACGGCGUCUUGUUGAGGAGCUUGUGGAAAAGCUUCUCAUUGCAGCUGUUGCGGAUGCUGAUGUCACUGUUCGCCAUUCUAUCUUUUCCUCUCUUCAUGGAAAUAGACAUUUUGAUGAUUUUUUGGCGCAGGCUGAUAGCCUGAGUGCAUUUUUUGCUGCUCUAAAUGAUGAGGAUUUUGAUGUUCGAGAAUAUGCAAUUUCUUUGGCUGGAAGGUUAUCAGAAAAAAAUCCUGCAUAUGUACUUCCAGCGCUUCGUCGCCAUCUCAUACAGUUAUUAACGUAUCUGGAGCACAGUGCCGAUAGCAAAUGCAAGGAAGAAAGUGCGAAGUUACUAGGCUGUCUGAUACGGAAUUGUGAACGGCUAAUUCUUCCAUACAUUGCUCCGAUACACAAGGCACUGGUGGCAAGGCUAAAUGAUGGCACUGGGGUCAAUGCGAAUCAUGGCAUUAUAAGUGGAGUUCUUGUAACUGUUGGGGAUCUUACUAGAGUGGGUGGUUACACCAUGAGACGAUACAUUCCCGAACUUAUGCCUUUAAUUGUUGAAGCUUUAUUGGAUGGAGCAGCUAUUAUGAAACGUGAAGUGGCUGUUACUACUCUUGGUCAAGUUGUGCAGAGCACUGGGUACGUCAUAACUCCAUAUAAUGAGUAUCCGCAGCUGCUUAUUUUACUCUUGAAAUUGUUGAAUGGUGAGUUGGCAUGGUCUACCCGACGGGAAGUACUAAAGGUUCUUGGUAUUAUGGGUGCUCUAGAUCCUCAUGCGCAUAAACGAAAUCAAGCAAGUUUGCCAGGGUCACAUGGAGAUGUAAGCCGUGCUGCCAGCGAUUCAGGUCAUAUUCAGUCUAUGGAUGAUCUGCCUAUGGAUCUGUGGCCAUCUUUUGCUCAAUCUGAAGAUUAUUAUUCCACGGUUGCGAUCAAUUCUCUCAUGCGAAUACUUAGGGAUACUUCACUUGCUAGUUAUCACCUAAAGGUGGUUGGAUCCCUUAUGUUCGUAUUUAAGUCAAUGGGUCUGGGUUGUGUUCCAUACUUACCGAAGGUUUUGCCCGAUCUUUUUAACACUGUUCAAACAUGUGAAGAUACUCUAAAGGAUUUUAUAACAUGGAAGCUUGGAACUUUGGUAUCUAUCGUGCGUCAGCAUAUUAGAAAAUAUCUGCCGGAGUUACUCUCUUUAGUUUCAAAAUUAUGGUCAUCCUUCAGUUAUCCUCCUACUAGCCGUCCUUCCCUUGGCUAUCCUGUUCUUCACCUAGUGGAACAGCUUUGCUUGGCCCUCAAUGAUGAGUUUAGGGAGCAUCUUCCUAUAAUUCUUCCGGGUUGUAUCCAAGUUCUAAGCGAUGCAGAGAGGUGUAAUGACUACACUUAUGUUCCUGAUAUCCUCCACACACUUGAAGUUUUUGGUGGGACGCUGGAUGAACAUAUGCAUCUACUUCUUCCUGCACUUAUUCGCUUGUUUAAAGUGGAUGCAUCUGUCGAUAUAAGAGGUGCCUCAAUCAAAACCUUGACAAGAUUGAUCCCACGUGUGCAGGUUGCCGGUCACAUAUCUUCUCUUGUGCAUCACUUGAAGCUCCUUUUGGAUGGGAAGAAUGAUGAGCUCCGGAAGGAUGCUGUUGACGCACUUUGUUGUCUGGCUCAUGCCCUUGGGGAGGACUUCACCAUUUUUAUACCAUCAAUACAAAAACUUUUGUUAAAACUUCGCUUUCAGCAUAAGGAAUUUGAGGAAAUUGAAGGUCGCUUGCACAGACGUGAACCAUUGAUCUUGGCGAGCAUGAGUGCCCAAAGACUAAGUCGACGAAUUCCAACAGAGGUUAUCAGUGACCCUUUAGAUGAUAAGAAGAUUGACCCUUAUGAAGAUUGGUCUGACGUGCAUAAAAAUCUCAGAGGCCAUCAGGUCAAUGAUGGUCGAUUACGCACUGCUGGGGAGGCUUCUCAGCGCAGUACGAAGGAAGAUUGGGCAGAAUGGAUGAGGCAUUUUAGUAUUGAACUUCUGAAAGAAUCUCCUUCUCCAGCCUUGAGAACCUGUGUGAGGCUUGCACAAUUGCAGCCUUUUGUUGGGCGUGAGUUGUUUGCAGCUGGUUUUGUUAGCUGUUGGGCCCAAUUAAAUGAGAGUAGUCAGAAACAGUUAGUUCGCAGUUUAGAGAUGGCUUUUUCAUCCCCAAAUAUCCCUCCCGAAAUCUUGGGAACACUUCUCAACUUGGCAGAGUUCAUGGAGCAUGAUGAGAAACCUCUUCCUAUUGACAUCCGCCUCCUUGGUGCUCUGGCAGAAAAGUGUCGUGCAUUUGCUAAAGCCCUCCAUUACAAAGAGAUGGAAUUUGAAGGAGCAUGCUCCAAGAAGAUGGAUGCUAACCCUGUCUCUGUAGUGGAAGUGCUCAUACACAUAAACAAUCAAUUACAUCAGCAUGAGGCUGCAGUUGGGAUAUUGACUUAUGCCCAGCAACAUUUGGAUGUUCAGCUGAAGGAGUCAUGGUAUGAGAAACUGCAGCGAUGGGAUGAUGCGCUCAAGGCUUACACUGCCAAAGUAUCUCAAGCAACUAGCCCACAUCUUGUUUUGGAUGCCAUUUUAGGGCGGAUGCGAUGCCUUGCUGCAUUGGCUCGAUGGGAGGAACUUAACAGCUUGUGCAAAGAAUAUUGGACCCCUGCGGAGCCAGCUGCUCGGCUAGAAAUGGCACCAAUGGCUGCAAGUGCUGCAUGGAACAUGGGAGAGUGGGAUCAAAUGGCAGAAUAUGUGUCUCGAUUAGAUGAUGGUGACGAUACCAAACUUCGGGGUUUGGGGAACACUGCUGGUGGUGGUGAUGGAAGUAGUAAUGGAACGUUUUUCAGGGCUGUAUUAUUAGUUCACAGAGGAAAGUAUGAUGAAGCACGCAAAUAUGUUGAAAGAGCUAGGAAAUGCCUUGCAACCGAACUUGCUGCUUUGGUUCUGGAGAGCUAUGAACGUGCUUAUAUCAAUAUGGUCCGUGUCCAGCAGCUCUCAGAACUAGAGGAGGUCAUUGAUUACUGUACCGUUGCUGAAGGACGGCGGGCCCUUAUUCGCAAUAUGUGGAAUGAACGAAUACAAGGAGUGAAACGAAAUGUUGAGGUCUGGCAGGCACUCCUGGCAGUUAGAGCACUCGUUCUACCGCCUACAGAAGAUAUUGAAACUUGGCUCAAGUUUGCUUCUCUUUGCCGAAAGAGUGGACAGAUCAGCCAGGCUAGAUCUACUUUAGUUAAACUCUUGCAGUUUGACCCCGAAACUUCUCCUCAAAAUGUAAGGUACCGUGGGCCUCCUCAAGUAAUGCUGGCAUACUUGGAAUACCAGUGGUCACUUGGAGAAGAUGCUAAGCGCAAGGAAGCAUUUGCUCAGCUGCAGAAUUUGGCUAUAGACCUUUCAAGUACUCCAAGUAUUCAAACAAUUGUGUCAACUGACUAUGUAAGCUGUACAAGUCCAACCAUUCCACUCAUUGCCCGUGUAUAUCAUAGACUUGGGACUUGGCAGUGGUCACUCUCUCCUGGAUUCGAUGACAAUACUAUUCAAGAUAUCCUUGUGGCAUUUAAAUAUGCUACUCAAUGUGCGAAAAAAUGGGCAAGAGCAUGGCAUACCUGGGCCUUGUUCAAUACAGCAGUAAUGUGUCAUUAUACUGUACGAGGUUUUUCCAAUUCUGCAGCACAGUAUGUUGUUGCAGCAGUCACGGGAUAUUUUCAUUCAAUAGCAUGUGCAGCGAAUGCUAAAGGAGUUGAUGAUAGUUUACGGGAUAUACUUCGCCUUCUCACAUUGUGGUUCAACCAUGGAACUAGUGAAGAAGUUCAAAUGGCACUACGGAAAGGAUUUGAACAUGUUAAUAUUAACACGUGGCUUGUGGUUUUACCUCAAAUAAUUGCCCGUAUACAUUCAAAUAACUAUCCUCUGAGAGAACUGAUACAGUCGCUUUUGGUGCGAAUCGGACAAAGUCAUCCACAGGCUCUUAUGUACCCUCUUCUGGUAGCUUGUAAAUCAGUAAGUACUUUGCGUAAAUCUGCCGCCCAAGAAGUGGUUGACAAAGUUCGGCAGCAUAGUGGUGUACUUGUCGAUCAGGCAGAACUUGUAUCAAAUGAAUUAAUCCGCGUUGCAAUACUUUGGCAUGAACUGUGGCAUGACGCACUAGAAGAAGCUAGUCGUUUGUAUUUUGGUGAACAUAAUAUUGAGGGCAUGCUGAAGGCAUUGGAGCCAUUGCACGAAAUGCUCGAAGAAGGGGCUAUGAGGAAUAAUACAACCAUAAAAGAGAAGGCAUUCAUUGAGGCAUAUCAUCAUGAAUUACAAGAGGCCUAUGAAUGCUGCAUGAAAUAUAAGAGAACUGGAAAAGAUGCUGAGCUCAAUCAGGCAUGGGAUCUCUAUUAUCACGUAUUCAGAAGGAUAGAUAAGCAGCUUCAAAGUCUUACUACCCUGGAUCUGCAAGUAAGAAGAAUCUCUAUUUUCAUGAGCUUUUUGUCCAUUAUAAUUGCAUUUAACAUUUUUUUAACCAAUGGAAACAAGUCUGUGUCUCCGGAGUUGUUAGAAUGUCGCAAUUUGGAGCUAGCUGUUCCUGGAACCUAUCGAGCUGAUUCACCGGUGGUGACAAUUGCGUCAUUCGCAUCUCAACUCGGUAUUAUACCAUCUAAACAGCGACCUCGGAAGUUAACGAUUUGUGGGAGUGAUGGUAAUGAUCAUGCCUUCUUGCUAAAGGGACAUGAAGAUUUACGCCAAGAUGAACGUGUCAUGCAGCUUUUUGGUUUGGUGAAUACACUGCUCGAGAAUUCUAGGAAAACUGGAGAAAAGGAUCUGUCUAUCCAACGAUAUGCUGUCAUUCCCUUGUCUCCCAACAAUGGAUUGAUUGGUUGGGUCCCAAAUUGUGAUACACUCUACCAUCUCAUCCGGGAGUACAGGAAUGCCAGAAAGAUUGCCCUGAAUCAAGAGCACAAAUAUAUGUUGAGUUUCGCCCCAGAUUAUGACCAUUUGCCACUCAUUGCUAAAGUGGAAGUAUUUGAUUAUGCCCUGAAAAAUACUGAAGGAAAUGACCUAGCAAGGGUUCUUUGGUUAAAAAGUAGCACUUCUGAGGUAUGGCUAGAGAGGAGGACAAAUUAUACCAGAAGUUUAGCUGUCAUGAGCAUGGUGGGUUACCUUCUUGGCUUAGGUGAUCGACACCCAAGUAAUCUUAUGCUGCACCGCUCUAGCGGAAAGAUCUUGCACAUUGAUUUUGGUGACUGCUUUGAAGCUUCAAUGAACCGGGAGAAGUUUCCUGAGAAGGUACCCUUCCGCUUGACUAGAAUGCUUGUGAAAGCCAUGGAGGUUAGUGGUAUUGAGGGUAAUUUCCGUUCAACUUGUGAAAAUGUGAUGGAAGUUCUCCGAACGAAUCAAGAUAGUGUCAUGGCUAUGAUGGAGGCCUUUGUUCACGAUCCUCUUAUCAACUGGCGUCUUUUCAACUUCAAUGAAGUCCCACAAAUGUCAGUGUUUGCAACCACUAAUGUCCCCCCUGUUGUGAAUGAUGAGGACUCUGCUCCAGAUGAAGAGCUUCCUCAACCUCAACGGGGUGCUCGGGAAAGGGAACUUCUUCAGGCUGUUAGUCAACUCGGUGAUGCUAAUGAGGUCUUGAAUGAGCGUGCUGUAGUUGUAAUGGCUCGAAUGAGUAAUAAACUUACUGGACGUGAUUUUUCUACUUGUCCUUCUGUAUCCACGAGUUCUAUCCAACAAAGUGUUGACCAGAGCACCUUAAUUUCUGGAGAUACCCGCGAAGUUGACCAUGGAUUAUCUGUUAAAUCGCAAGUUCAAAAGUUGAUUAUCCAAGCUAAAUCGCAUGAAAAUUUGUGCCAAAAUUUUGUCGGGUGGUGCCCUUUUUGGUAAGCGGAAGAUUAUCGAUGUAUAUAUGUGUAUAUUUUGUACAGAGCUGGACCAUCUGAUAAAUCUUUUUCACUUCUUAGUUAUUGUGUUAUUGUAUAGAAGUAAUUCGAAUUAAUAAAAUAUGCAUCAUUUGUCGGCU